AUGUCUGACGCUCUCAAAGAAAAUUCCCUCGUGGAUCCCGAGAAGGGGACACUUGACCCGUUGCCCCCUCAAUCACCUUAUCAGCAGGAUGUGAAGUCAAAUCUGGUCCCUCCGACAGCUUUGCCUUCCUCGAAGGAGAAGGAUUCUGCGGCAACGACAACUAUCAAGGAGGUCGUCCUCGCCGACAAGAAACCCCCUCCCAAGAGGCAGAAGAAAAAGGUCUCGAAGUGGAUACUGUGGACGCUAUGGUUUAACAUGUACAGGAAAUUCUUCGCUCUUAGUUUUGGCUUGAACAUGAUUGGAUUGGCCUUGGCAGCGUCAGGGCACUGGCCUUACGGGCUCAAAUACAACGGUGCCAUCGUUGUAGCGAACUUCAACUUUGCCAUCCUGAUGCGCAAUGAGGUCUUUGGACGUCUGCUAUACCUCUUCGUCAACACUUGCUUCGCAAAGUGGCCUCCUCUUUGGUUCCGUCUUGGUUGCACCUCUGUGCUCCAGCAUCUGGGUGGAAUUCACAGUGGCUGCGCACUGUCGGGUGUAAUUUGGCUUCUUUACAAGGUCAUCAACAAUUUCCGCAAGCUUGAUGUCACACACGACGCCGUGCUCGUGAUGGGGGUAAUUACCAAUCUUGCAGUUAUGAUCAGUGCUCUCAGUGCUUUCCCCUGGGUGCGAAACACACACCACAAUGUCUUCGAGCGCCACCAUCGUUUCGUUGGAUGGCUUGGUCUCAUGUGCACAUGGGUUUUCGUCAUUCUUGGAAACGUCUACGACCCGGUUACACGAUCGUGGAAUCUCAGUGGGGCUGAGCUCGUUCGCCACCAGGACUUCUGGUUCACUAUGGGCAUGACCAUCUUCAUCGCCCUUCCUUGGUGCUUUGUCCGUGAAGUUCCGGUAGACAUCGAACUUCCUUCCGCGAAAGUCGCUGUCAUUCGCUUCAAACGUGGCAUGCAACAAGGUCUUCUUGGAAGAAUUAGUCGCUCCUCCAUCAUGGAAUAUCAUGCGUUCGGUAUUAUCUCCGAGAGUCGCCACGCUAAAUGCCAUUACAUGAUUGCUGGUGUCCAAGGCGAUUUCACCCGCGGCCUUGUCCAAAACCCACCUAAGACACUUUGGACCCGUGAAUUGAAGUUUGCCGGUGUCUCUAACACGUCGACACUAUACAAACGUGGUAUCCGCAUCUGCACGGGAACUGGUAUCGGCGCCGCUCUAUCUACGUGUCUCCAAUCUCCUUAUUGGUAUCUGAUCUGGAUCGGCUCUGAACAAGAAAAGACCUUCGGGCCAACAAUUAGCGGUUUGAUCCACAAGCACAUCGGACCUGAGCGCCUGCUUCUCUGGGACAGUAAGGCGCGAGGGGGUCGUCCCGACACAAUGAAGAUUCUGAAGGAGGCUUAUGCCUACUGGGAUGCUGAAGUUGUCUUUAUCACCUCAAACUACAUUGGAAACUCAGAGAUCAUGCAAGGCUGCAAAGAGACAGGCAUUCCCUGCUUCGGUACUUUGUGGGAUUUCUGA